AUGACUGUGGGAAAGAUUUCCUUUUUAUUACCACAGAAUAGAGAGGUCGCGGAAUUAGGCUUGCGUUUGAAGGAAGCCAGUGACAAUGUUAGCACAAAUCACAUAGGUUUGCAGGUUUCGGCAAAACGGCCAAUCAUAAAAAAAGUGCUGGAAGCCAUGGCUUCUGGAAUUGAUGUGUCACCAUUAUUUGGCGAUGUUGUCAAGGCAGCUUCAACAAAAGACUUGGUGCAAAAAAAGUUGGCAUACAUGUAUAUAGCAACGCAAGCAGAGCGUAAUGCUGAUUUGGUAAUCCUGGCUAUCAAUACUUUUCAAAAAGAUCUUCAGGACGAAAAUCCGUUUGUUAGAGGCCUGGCGUUACGCACUCUAUGUUCAAUGAGGCUUUCCGAUUAUGUUAAUUACAUGCUGGAGUCGUUGAGUCACGCCUUAGGAGACUCUAGUCCUUACGUACGUAAGACUGCACUUAUCUCGGUCAUCAGAGUGUUUCACCUUUCUCCUAAGCAUGUGAUGGAUGCCUCUUUGAUCGAUCAAAUAUAUAAUACCCUUCGUGAUCGGGAUUCAGAAGUUGUGGCUAAUGGAAUUGCUGCUUUGAACGAAAUGUUACAUUUCCAGGGUGGAAUGACCAUGAAUAAGAAAGUGGCGCACUAUUUGCUGCAAAGAUUUCGGGAAUUCAAUGAAUGGCAUCGGUGCUUAGUCUUAAAUAUACUUUGCGUGUAUAAACCAGAAUCAGAGGAAGAAAUCUUCGAUAUAAUGAAUCUUUUGGAUGAUAACCUUAGACAUCAUAAUAGCGGGGUACAGCUAGCAACCGUGAAGUUGUUCAUACAGUUGACCCUUGACGUACCGGAAGUUCACGAAGCUUUGUAUGAAAGAAUAAAAGAACCUCUGCUGACGUUACUUUCAUCAAGUAUUCCGGAAAUUACAUAUUCAUGUCUGGAACAUCUAUAUCUUUUGAUACACUCUCACAAAUUGCUGCAGGAUGACUACAGGAAAUUUUAUCGAAGAACUAAGGAACCAUCGUAUGUGACGAUGAAAAAAUUGGAUUUACUUCAAAAGACAGUCAUGGAGACCAGUGCUAAAGAGAUAGUGGACGAAAUAAGCGGAUAUAUCUUGGGAGAUGAUGCAGGUGUCACAAAAAAAUCAAUACAAACUAUAGCCAAGAUUUCCCUGCAAAUCAAAAGUGUAUUGAAUUACUCGCUCGACAUUUUCAUAAAAUUAUUGGAGACAGGAAUUGAUAUCGUGGUGUCUGUUAUUAUAACCGUCAUUGAAGACUUAUUGACCGAAAGUCCUGGCAAGUUUGAUGAAUUUUUUUCGGUGCUACCAUCAGUAUGGUCAUCGAUAGAUUUGAAAUCACCCGCGGGACCCGCGUUCUUAAAUUUAUUGACAACCAUUGGGAGUUCAUUACCGGAAUCCCCAUAUAUUUUGGAAUCAUUGAUCGAUAAUAUCAAUAAUUAUCCAAGUACAUUGUUCCGUGUGCAACUACUUAACUCGACAGUGGCAUUGUUUCUGAAAAGGCCAGCGGAAUGUCAGGGAAUGCUGACCAGGUUGUUCAAGAACACUAUGGGAUCGACGGAACGCUUUGAAGUUCGCGAAAGAGCAAAGUUUCUGUUCCGGCUUUUAAAACACGAUAUUGAUACUGUCAAGAAAAUCUGUGCAUAUGAACCUCGCGAAACCUUGAAGACUCAAGACGAAGAUGGCUCAAGUUAUCAGGUUCUGCCUUUGCAUGAAUUUAAUACACUUUCAAUCAUACAUGGAAAACCACAAGGACGUUUCAUUGUUGAAAAUGUUGAAUUGGACAUCCAGGUGAAAGAAGGGGCAACAUUAAGUAAUGACUCCCCGGAUUUUGAUAAGAUCCUGACAGAUUUAUCUAGUGAAAGUCUUAUCAAUGUUUCUGAAGUUAACAAUCACACACUAUCUAGUACAAUUUCAAUGGAGGCAAAAACUUUCAAAUCGUGUUGGGAUAAAUUUACAAUUAGGGUUCAGAAAGAGGUAUCAAUCAUAGAAUUAUCAACUUUGCUCACGACAUCAACAAUAACGUUGGAUAGUAUUGAGUGCAUCCUUGAAGAGAAUAACAUAAUGACCAUGGCAUCGGGUGAUGCAAAUGGUGUGAUGAAAUUUUUUCUGUAUGCACAAGAUUCAAAUUCCCAAGAACUAUCAUUAUGCGAAUUAAAGAUUAAUCGAUCAGCGCAAGCAAGUAUUUGCAUCAAAUCAGGACAUUUGACACAAAACGUGUCACCAGUUAGUAUUGAGGGUGGUAACGAAAGCGUCAAAAAGAAUACAACAUCGCAGUUUUCAAAUUUCUUAUCGGA